AUAUACCAUUCAUUCGAUGAUUGUAAAAUGACUUGACGGUUUACACUAUCAACACAGUAAAGUAAUUAAACUCAACUUAUUUAAACCAUUCACAUGUUUUACUUCACUCCGUUUCACUUCCUACACAACCAAACGAAGCUUGAACCUUAAACAACGUUACACAAUCCCCAAAUUCCCGUUUGAUCUAUGCUCUAUUCAUAGCUUCAUCAUCACCAUCACAGUAACCUCUUCCUUCUCCUUUUCCAUUCCCAAUCCCACCCCCAAAAUCCACACAUACCCAUUUUUCAAAACCGCAUUUUCUAACCCACCACCUGUUUGUUUUUUUGCCUCUGAAAACUUUUUCACUCAUUUCAAUGCCUUCAAUCCCAAAACGCAAAAUCAUGUUAAUGGGUUUGUUUAAUAAGUGCUUAAAAUCUCUAAAAAUCCCUCCUUUUUCAUUACUCACGCAUCAUCAUAAUCAUUAUCACUCUUAUCUAUUUAGAAAAAACAAACCUUUGCCACAAAUUCCAAUAUUAAAUGCUCAUUGUUUUCAAUUGAUUCAAUCUUCAUUGCAAAUGAACUCUUUUGUUGUAUAUCAUUCAUCCAUUCGCCGCAAUUAUUGUUCGGAAAAUGUUUCAAUGAAACAAGAUUUUGGCUGUAAUGUGAGUGAUGAUGUUGUGGAGAUUAAUGAUGUUGUAAAGAGUAAUGGUUUUGAGAGUGAUGUUGAUAAGGUGUAUACCACUACAAUGGAUAAUUUACUUGGUUUUCGCAAUAUGGAGAAAGCUCUUGAAAAUUUGGGUGUUCCCUUGACUACACCAUUGGUUACAGGUGUGUUGCAUAGGCUUCGUUACGAUGAGAAGAUUGCGUUUCGGUUUUUCACAUGGGCUGGUCAUCAAGAUAAUUAUUCACAUGAGGCUUGUGUUUAUAAUGAUAUGAUGGAUAUUUUGUCUAGUACAAGGUAUAAAGUUAAACAAUUUCGGAUUGUUUGUGAUGUUUUGGAAUAUAUGAAGAGGAAUAACAAGCGUACGGUUCCGGUGGAUGUUUUGAUGGAUAUUUUGAGGAAAUAUACGGAGAAGUAUUUGACUCAUGUGCAGAAGUUUGCGAAGAGAAAGAGGAUAAGAGUGAAGACACAACCGGAAAUAAAUGCGUUUAACUUUCUGUUGGAUGCUUUGUGCAAGUGUUGUUUGGUUGAGGAAGCUGAGGGUUUGUAUAAGAGAAUGAGAAAGAAGAUCAAUCCUAAUGGGGAUACGUAUAAUAUAUUGGUUUUUGGGUGGUGUAGGGUUAGAAACCCGAGUAGAGGGAUGAAAGUGCUGGAAGAAAUGAUUCAAUUAGGUCAUAAGCCUGACAAUUUCACGUACAACACUGCCCUUGAUACUUACUGCAAAGAAGGCAUGAUAACAGAUGCAGUGGAGCUUUUUGAGUUCAUGAGGACAAAAGGUUCAAUCAUAUCUUCUCCCACUGCCAAGAGUUAUUCAAUUCUAAUUGUGGCUCUAGUCCAAAACGAUAGAAUGGAGGAAUGUUUUAAAUUUAUGGGGCAUAUGAUUAGCAGUGGUUGUCUUCCUGAUGUCACGACAUACAAGGAUAUAAUCGAAGGUAUGUGUUUGUGCGGUAAGAUUGACGAGGCUUACAAGUUCUUGGAAGAGAUGGGAAAAAAAGGUUAUCCCCCUGAUAUUGUUACUCAUAAUUGUUUCCUCAAGGUCCUCUGCCACAAUAAGAAGUCUGAGGAAGCCCUUAAACUAUAUGGAAGAAUGAUUGAAUUGAGUUGUAUUCCUAGUGUCCAAACUUACAAUAUGCUGAUUUCAAUGUUUUUUAAGAUGGAUGAUCCUGACGGGGCAUUCGAGACUUGGCAUGAAAUGGAGAAAAGGGGUUGCAGACCAGACACUGAUACGUACGGCGUCAUGAUUGAGGGACUAUUUAACUGCAAUAAAGCAGAAGAUGCUUGUAUUCUUUUAGAAGAAGUGAUAAACAAGGGAAUAAAAUUGCCGUAUAGAAAGUUUGAUUCCUUGCUGAUGCAACUUUCGGAGAUCGGUAAUCUCCAGGCCAUUCAUAAGCUCUCGGAUCAUAUGAGGAAAUUCUAUAAUAAUCCCAUGGCAAGACGUUUUGCUCUAAGCCAGAAGCGCAAGAGCAUGAGUUUGCGAGGGAGAUCAUAGUAUGAAAUAUCUCGGUUGAGUUUGUGCUACCUUUCACAAAAACCUGGGGGAAGUUAAGAUUGAAGGGUUCUUCCCAUGUUUGGUUGGACAAAUGUUUUCUGAAAACACGGCAGGUUAUAGCAUAUACAAUUUCAGAUACUGCCUUCAAGCUUGUCCCUUCAUUGUGACAGCUAGUCCCAUCUUUGGACAUGCUCUCUUGGUCAUACUAUCUGCUACCAAUAUUUUUGCAUGAAAAAUUUGGAAGUCUUUGGAUCUAUCUAUUCUCAUUUUUUGUCCGUCAAGAGAAAUUUCGGAAGCUGUUACGAGUUACAACAGUUUCAUUGAGAGCUGUUGGUUAGUUGACACAGCCAAAAGGUCAAAAGAUCCAGAUAUGUAUUAUGUUAUAUUUUGUGGGAGAAGAGGUUGUGAUCGAACUUGUGUAUGAUGGAAUUUUUUUUAUUUUUUUAAGAACGGAAAAAUUUGUUAUCUGGUCAAGAAUCUGUUAACUUCUGCUGAAAGAUGUUGCGAGUUAUGAGAUUUUUUCUAGCAUCUUAGGGGUCAUUGUAUGAUUUGACCAUAUGAAAUUGCCAACUGUAUCACGACUAUAAUGAAUGGUCCAUUACAUCAAUAAUGAUCACAGAUACUUUUUCCA